AUGCCUGGUGACAAGGAGAAAAUGCAUGAAAAACUUGUCAACGAACUUGGCGGAGUCCCUUAUCAUCCAAAUCAGAUUAAAAAUGCUGACGAACUCGCUCAAACGUACAACGUGAAGAAAGUGAAUGUCAUCAAAGAGUACUGA